AUGGAGGAGCUGAGCAGCGUGGGCGAGCAGGUCUUCGCCGCCGAGUGCAUCCUGAGCAAGCGGCUCCGCAAGGGCAAGCUGGAGUACCUGGUCAAGUGGCGCGGCUGGUCGUCCAAGCACAACAGCUGGGAGCCCGAGGAGAACAUCCUGGACCCGCGGCUGCUCCUGGCCUUCCAGAAGAAGGAGCAGGAGAAGGAGGUUCAGAACCGGAAGAAGGGCAAGCGGCCCCGGGGCCGGCCGCGGAAGCUCACGGUGAUGUCCUCCUGCAGCCGGCACUCCAAGCUCAAGGAGCCGGACACCUCCUCCAAGUGCAAGUCCAGCAGCUCCUCCUCGUCCUCCACGUCGUCCUCCUCGUCCUCCGAUGAAGAGGGGGACAGCGACCUGGACGCCAAGAGGGGCCCCCGCGGCCGGGAGACGCACCCGGUGCCGCAGAAGAAGGCGCAGAUCCUGGUGGCCAAGCCCGAGCUGAAGGACCCCGUCCGGAAGAAGCGCGGCCGCAAGCCGCUGCCCCCCGAGCAGAAGGCGGCCCGGAGGCCCGUGAACCUGGCCCGGGUGCUCAAGACCGCCAGGAAGGACCUGGGGGCGCCGGCCGGCAAGCUGCCGCCUCCGCUCAGCGCCCCCGUGGCCGGCCUGGCGGCCCUGAAGGCCCACGCCAAGGAGGCCUGCGGCGGCCCCAGCAGCCUGGCCACCCCCGAGAGCCUGGCCAGCCUGAUGAAGGGCAUGGCCGGCAGCCCCAGCCGCGGCGGCAUCAGCUGGCAGAGCUCCAUCGUGCACUACAUGAACCGCGUGAGCCAGAGCCAGGCCCAGGCCGCCGGCCGGCUGGCGCUCAAGGCCCAGGCCGCCGGCAAGUGUGGCCUCGGGCUGGACCUCAAGGUGAGGACGCAGAAGGGCGAGCUGGGGUUCAGCUCCCCGGGAAGCAAACUCCCAAAGGCCCCUGGCAGUGGGGUGAUGGAGCCGAAAGGGGGGGCCCCCCACGCCCACAGUGGCAGCAAGGUCUCUGCCGGUUGCCUGGGCCCCCAGCCUGCGCCCACCCAGGAGCUGAGCCUCCAGGUCUUGGACUUACAGAGCGUCAAGAACGGCAUGCCGGGGGUGGGCAUGGCCGCCCGCCACGCCACGGCCGCCAAGGGCGUCCCUGCCACGGUGCCCGGCACUGGGAAGGGCGCCGGGGCUGGCGCCACCGGGGGCAGCGGGGCUGGCAUGCUGGCCGACACCGGCAAGAGCGAGAAGCUGGCCGCCCGGGCCGCCGCUGUGCCCGCCCCUGCGGGGAAGAGGGACUGCGGCAAGGGCGGCGCGGCCCCCGGCGGGCAGGAGGGGCCCGGGGCCCUGGGCAAAGCGGCCGCGCUGUCCGAGAUGAGCACCGGCGAGGAGAACAGCAGCUCCGACUCGGACCCGGACUCGGCCUCGGCCUCGCUGCCCGGCGCCAAGCAGAACCUGUCCUUGUCGGUGCAGACCAGCCAGGACUGGAAGCCCACCCGCAGCCUCAUCGAGCACGUCUUCGUCACGGACGUGACCGCCAACCUCGUCACCGUCACCGUGAAGGAGUCCCCCACCAGCGUGGGCUUCUUCAGCCUGCGGCACUACUGA